AUGGAAAUUGAUAUUAAUUUUCCUCGUCUUUUGUCAACUUUUGACAUCAAUUAUAUUUUGUACGACUUUUGGGAACGGGAGGGCGACCCCCGUAUAGCCGACCGCGCAUUUUUCAGGGGUGGCCCCUGGACCACGUGGUCUCUGAUCGCCUUUUAUGUCUAUUUCGUCAAAGACUUGGGACCGAAGCUCAUGAAAAAUGUGGAGCCGUUUAGUUUGAGACGACUUAUGUUUGUCUAUAACUUUGCGAUGAUUGCAGUGAACGGAUGGUUCUUCUAUCAAAUCGUUUACGUCUUUAACUUCGGUCUCGACUUAAAUCUGUUUAACUUCGAGAGACCCGACUCUCGGGACACGAGUCCGAAGACACUGCAAGUCAUAUCUCUGGCGUAUCUCUUCUUCAUCUCCAAAUUGGUUGACUUAAUUGAGACACUUUUCUUCGUUUUACGCAAAAAACACAAUCAAAUCUCAAACCUUCACGUCUAUCAUCACAGUGUCGUCCCAGUAAUGACACACUUAGCCGUUAAAGUAUCACCGGUUGGUGGGCCGGCGACCCUUUUCCCACUAUUGAACACUUUCGUACACAUCGUGAUGUACACGUAUUACGCGUUGUCAGCAUUGGGUCCAUCGGUGCAGAAGUACUUGUGGUGGAAGCGAUACAUCACUCAAAUACAACUCAUUCAGUUCGUCAUAUUC